AUGGCAGGAGCAGGUGUUAGACAGGAGCAGGUGAAAAGGCAGGAGCAGGCCAAGGAAGGCAGGAGUAGGUCAGUGAAGGCAGGAGCAGGUCAAGGAAGGCAGGAGCAGGUCAGGGAAGGUAGGAGCAGGUCAAGAAAGGCAGGAGCAGGUCAAGGGAAGGCAGGAGCAGGUCAGGGAAGGCAGGAGCAGAUCAAGAAAAGGCAGGAGCAGGUCAGUGAAGGCAGGAGCAGGUCAAGGAAGGCAGGAGCAGGUCAGGGAAGGCAGGAGCAGGUCAAGAAAGGCAGGAGCAGGUCAGGGAAGGCAGGAGCAGAUCAAGAAAAGGCAGGAGCAGAUCUGAACUAUGAGUUAGCAGCAGCAGCAACAGUAACAGCAGCAGGAGCACCAGCUGCUCAAGUAGCAACAGCUGCUCAAGUAGCAACAGCUGCUCAAGUAGCAACAUCUGCUCAAGUAGCAACAGCUGCUCAAGUAGCAACAGCUGCUCAAGUAGCAACAUCUGCUCAAGUAGCAACAGCUGCUCAAGUAGCAACAUCUGCUCAAGUAGCAACAUCUGCUCAAGUAGCAGCAGCGGCUCAAGUAGCAACAGCUGCUCAAGUAGCAACAUCUGCUCAAGUAGCAACAGCUGCUCAAGUAGCAACAUCUGCUCAAGUAGCAACAUCUGCUCAAGUAGCAACAGCUGCUCAAGUAGCAACAGCUGCUCAAGUAGCAACAGCUGCUCAAGUAGCAACAUCUGCUCAAGUAGCAACAGCUGCUCAAGUAGCAACAGCUGCUCAAGUAGCAACAUCUGCUCAAGUAGCAACAGCUGCUCAAGUAGCAACAGCUGCUCAAGUAGCAACAUCUGCUCAAGUAGCAACAGCUGCUCAAGUAGCAACAGUGUCGUGA